AUGUCUUCAGUGAAAAAGCCGGGGAAAAAGCCGAAAACCGAGCGUGAACCUUCGAAGAAAACCAAGCGCCAAACAGGAGGCGGACAAAAUGGCGCGCGCGAACAAGCAAAAAAAUCAAAUAAUGAAUAUUUGAAAGAAGUGUUGGAUGUAGCGAUGACCCAGGUAAACGGAGCAGCGUACACCACCGGGGGACUUAACUUCGUGGCAGUGGACAGCGCGAAACUCUCGGGGGAAGAUCGCAGGGAUUGUGAAGAUCCCCUUGAUUUAAGUCAAAAAUCAGAUCUGAUCCAAAACAAGGUGGAUUUCGACCAUGCUGGGAUAAAUGCAACCGAAAAUCGUGCUAACAAGUCCCUGGCUCAGCAGUGUAAUCAGCAGAAUCAGCUACAAAGACAAUCCAAAGAUCUGACCAUGGAAAUGGAGGAUUUUGUGGAUAGCAGCCAACCAUCACUGCCCAAAUCGAUGUCGUUCCGGUCAAGGACUCUUGCCGCAUCAUUGUCAGCCGCUACUGACCGCUGGAAUAAAACGACUACUUCAAAACACGAUGUUGACGGCGUUAACCAUCACCAGGAACCACGUAGGCCCGGAAGCCUAGCAAUCAAAUUUCCGAUCGUUAAGGAUGCUGACGGAUCGUCUCGCUUGAAUGUUCCUGCCCCCAAAGCAAAAGCCGAAGCAAAAAGUGUAGUGCGUCAUACAACAGCAUCAACCCCGAAGUCAAAAACAUCGAAGGAUAAACCGCUUUUAAGUCUGACAGCUGUGGAUGUGCCGAUGGAAACGGAGGAUUUUGUCGACAACAGCCAACCUGCGGUGCCCAAAUCGAUGUCGUUCCGGUCAAGGAUUCAUGUUGCCUCAUUGUCAGCUGCUGCUGGUAAAACCAACGAUCCGUUCUUAGUACUAUCUCAGCCAUUGCACAAAACGAUGAUAGAUGAUGCUCUGGAUCCAAAACUGGAUGUUGAUGACGUUGACCCUCACCUGGUACCGAGAAGGCCUGGAAGCCUAGCCAUCAGAUGUCCAACCUUCAGUGACGUUGACAAAACGUCUCGCUCGAAAGUCCCUGUCCCCAAAACAACGACCAUUGGGGAACAACGCAAGGAACAACGUGCAUCAUCAACUCCGAAAUCAAAAACAUCGAACGACAAACCAAAUUUGAGUCCAAUUGCUGGGUUCCAUGGUGAAGAUGAAAUGGAUGAUGAAGACUCAUUGUCACUGCAAGACUUUGAUGACGGAAGCUCGGAGGACUGGGAACCACCAUUCCCCCUCGGAAAUGCAAUCCCAACAACGUCUGAUGCUGCGAAUCGAAAUACUGGACAAAAAACUGUUAAUGUAUCGGAGAAGGAAAAUGAUGGCGAUAGUCUGUACCGUAAAAAAUAUCAUGAUUUGCUGGAGAAGUAUGAGCAGAAAUGCAAGGCGUACAAGGAGAUGAAGAAUAAAAAUGAGAAACAAAAGAUGAAAAUUGCAGAAAUGAAGGAUUUGGUCGUUUUUGCAAACGCAGAAGCUAAAAAAGCGCUAGCAGAUCCAAAUGCUAAGGUGACAUUCACAACGGAUUCAGAAAUUGAUAUUAGCUUCCAGCAAAUUGAAGAAGUGAACGCUGCUUCUAACUCUGACAUUCAAUUCGGUCAAAAUUUGGCGCUAUUUUUUUAUGGCGCCAACACUUUGCGAGAAAUGUCUGUCAAAGGUGUUGCGACCCACCGCUUCAAAAACGCUAAGGCACGACCGGGAAUCUCGCCCAAAAAGUUGACGUUCAUACACGAAAAAGUGCAACAACGCGUCGCCGCACGGGUUGGAGCUAAUAAUUUGGCAACCAUCAAUGCACUGGCUAAUUCGACACUCAUCAACAAGGGCAUUGGAGAAAAAAUCGCCAACCUGAAUAAGGCUGUGAGGCUCUCUGCAGCGCGUAAUGCUCUUCGCGAUGCGGAACAAAAUCCAAACCCAGCAGCCAAGGAUUAGCCUGGUUAUUAUAUGUUUCGAGCUAUUUGAAAUGAACUACCUCGACUGACAAAUCGUCUGUGACGAUUUUUAUCGAUUUUUUUAACUUGUUUUAGUUGGGACAUUUUCAAUGUUAUUAAGUUUUAUUUCACUUUUAACUAAGUACGUUGAAUUCGGUACAAUACAAUCAUAAGGUUUACGAUGUAAAUGAAGGUUGUCAUAAAUAAAAAAUAUUUGCGCUCAUGAAUAUUCGUCUCAUUGUUUUUAUUGUAAAACAAUUACCGCACCAUUCCAUUUAAUGUAAAAUUAACUAUGUUUAUACCAUUCAAAACAAAACAUGUACGUUGAUUCUUAUUGUUUGGUUACAAUACAAAUACCUUUUAUUCUACUGUAAAUUUAUUUUUUCGAUCUGUUUUUCAACAGUAUAUAUACCGUAUACCUUAUUGUUUUGCGAAAAAAAAUAUAUGGGAAAAAUAUAUUUUUUGUAAUGUUACGAUACUUAACAACCUAUACAUUAUAUUGUAGAAACUUCGAAAACAGUUCAUUAAAUGGGUAA